AUGGAAGAAAUGAAAACACUUGACUUAGACAAGACAGCAAUUACUGAAUUGCCAUCUUCAAUUUGCAAUCUUAUUGGACUUGAAAUCUUGCACAUGGAAGAGUGUCCUAAUCUUAUGCAACUACCAGCUAGCAUUUGUACAUUACCAAACCUUUGGAAACUGACAGCAAAUUUUUGUGAAGGAAUGAGUCAUUUUAAGAUGUGUGAAGGUGGAGAGAUAUGUGUCAAGCACAAGUUUAAGUGUUAUCAGGAUUUACAAAUUUCGGAAGAUGGCGGUUAUAUUUGGUCAGGAGGUCGUUCCUACGACAACUUGAUUGACUUGUGCCUGACAGAUUGCAACAGAUGUCGGAGAAUUCCUGCACUUCGCCAUCUACCUUCUCUGAGGUCCUUAAGAAUUGAGAGAUUACAAAGUGUGGUGACUGUGGGUUCUGAGUUUUUCAAGGCUGCAAAUGAUUGUGCUUCACUUAUAGUACCGUUUCCCUCCCUUGAAACCCUUCAUUUUGAAGAUAUGAUCUCCUGGCAACAAUGGCAUUCUAUUGAUAUGCAAGCUUUUCCUAAACUCCGCUUUCUUAACUUUGUUGAUUGCCCCAAAUUAGUUGGAAAUUUACCCCCCCAACUUCUUUCUUUAGAGGGUCUGAGAAUUAUGUCAUGUCCACUGCUUGCUUCUUCUAUCCCAAAGUGUCCAAACAUUCACGAGUUAGAAAUAAUUAAAAGUGAAAAUGUAGUGUUGCAAGAGCAAGAAUUACCACCUUCCCUACGCCGUCUGGCAAUUUCAAGCGCGCACAUGUUGGGUCCUCUGUCUGAAAAGUCGCAUAUUGAAGAUUUAACGGUGGAUUGUUCUGAUGCUGUGCCAUCUCCAGUGAUUCAUAUUCCCCCUUCAGUGAAACAGUUAGACGUGAGAAACUGUGGAAAUCUCAAGGCUUGUUUGGUUUCAAAGGCACCUCUUCUUCAUCUCCGAAAGAUUUCCAUUUACAAAUGCAAGUUUCUGCCGUCCUUGUUUGAUGACAUGGAACGUCUUGUCCCAAAUUUAAAAGAGCUAAGCAUAGAAGGAUGUCCAGAAAUGGAGCCAUUUUUAGCAAGGUCCUUACCAUCCAGUUUAAAACGGCUUGAGAUAAGAGGGUGUGACAAAUUAUUGUCAUGUCAUACACUAUGGCGUCGCCUUCCAACUAUCACUGAGCUUCUCGUCUCUACUCUAUCUGACACAUUGCAUUGCACAGGACUUCAGCAUCUAAACUCUCUUCAACUACUAGAAAUUGUGGAUUCUUUCAGCCUUGAGAAACUAGAAGGAGGAAUGCUGCCUCCUUCUCUACAUUGGCUCCACAUUAGGGAUUGCGGGCUUCUUGAAGGACCAUGUCGCAACAAGGAUGAGAAAAUUUGGCCCAAAAUCUCCCACGUUCCAUACAUCAGUUUAAAUGAAAAGUAUUUAAGGAAUGGAGAUUCAGAUUCAGAUUCAGUGAACUCCUCGGAGGAUGAAGACAUAUGUGUCAAGCACAAGUUUAAGUGUUAUCAGGAUUUACAAAUUUCGGAAGAUGGCGGUUAUAUUUGGUCAGGAGGUCGUUCCUACGACAACUUGAUUUACUUGUGCCUGACAGAUUGCAACAGAUGUCGUAGAAUUCCUGCACUUCGCCAUCUACCUUCUCUGAGGUCCUUAAGAAUUGAGAGAUUACAAAGUGUGGUGACUGUGGGUUCUGAGUUUUUCAAGGCUGCAAAUGAUUGUGCUUCACUUAUAGUACCGUUUCCCUCCCUCGAAACCCUUCAUUUUGAAGAUAUGAUCUCCUGGCAACAAUGGCAUUCUAUUGAUAUGCAAGCUUUUCCUAAACUCCGCUUUCUUAACUUUGUUGAUUGCCCCAAAUUAGUUGGAAAUUUACCCCCCCAACUUCUUUCUUUAGAGGGUCUGAGAAUUAUGUCAUGUCCACUGCUUGCUUCUUCUAUCCCAAAGUGUCCAAACAUUCACGAGUUAGAAAUAAUUAAAAGUCCAAAUGUAGUGUUGCAAGAGCAAGAAUUACCACCUUCCCUACGCCGUCUGGCAAUUUCAAGCGCGCACAUGUUGGGUCCUCUGUCUGAAAAGUCGCAUAUUGAAGAUUUAACGGUGGAUUGUUCUGAUGCUGUGCCAUCUCCAGUGAUUCAUAUUCCCCCUUCAGUGAAACAGUUAGACGUGAGAAACUGUGGAAAUCUCAAGGCUUGUUUGGUUUCAAAGGCACCUCUUCUUCAUCUCCGAAAGAUUUCCAUUUACAAAUGCAAGUUUCUGCCGUCCUUGUUUGAUGACAUGGAACGUCUUGUCCCAAAUUUAAAAGAGCUAAGCAUAGAAGGAUGUCCAGAAAUGGAGCCAUUUUUAGCAAGGUCCUUACCAUCCAGUUUGAAACGGCUUGAGAUAAGAGGGUGUGACAAAUUAUUGUCAUGUCAUACACUAUGGCGUCGCCUUCCAACUAUCACUGAGCUUCUCGUCUCUACUCUAUCUGACACAUUGCAUUGCACAGGACUUCAGCAUCUAAACUCUCUUCAACUACUAGAAAUUGUGUAUUCCUGCAGCCUUGAGGAACUAGAAGGAGGAAUGCUGCCUCCUUCUCUACAUUGGCUCCACAUUAGGGAUUGCGGGCUUCUUGAAGGACCAUGUCGCAACAAGGAUGAGAAAAUUUGGCCCAAAAUCUCCCACGUUCCAUACAUCAGUUUAAAUGAAAAGUAUUUAAGGAAUGGAGAUUCAGAUUCAGAUUCAGUGAACUCCUCGGAGGAUGAAGAGAUAUGUAUCGAGCACCAGUUUGAAUCUUAUGAGGAUUUAGAAAUUUUGGAAGAUGGCGGUUAUAGGGGUACAACAUAUGCAGUUUGGUCAUCAGGAGGUCUUUCCUACGACAACUUGAUUAUGUUGCGGCUGACUGAUUGCAACAAGUGCUGGAGAAUUCCUGCACUUGGACGACUACCUUCUCUGAGGUCCUUAAGAAUUGAAAGAUUACGAAGUGUGGUGAUCGUGGGUUCUGAGUUUUUCAAGGCUGCAAAUGAUUGUGCUUCACUUAAAGUACCGUUUCCCUCCCUUGAAACCCUUCAUUUUGAAGAUAUGAUCUCCUGGCAACAAUGGCAUUCUAUUGAUAUGCAUGCUUUUUCUAAACUCCGCUUUCUUAGCUUUGUUGAUUGCCCCAAAUUAGUUGGACAUUUACCCCCCCAACUUCUUUCUUUAGAGGGUUUGAGAAUUAUGUCAUGUCCAAUGCUUUCUUCUUCUAUCCCAAAGUGUCCAAACAUUCAUGAGUUAGCUAUAAAUAAAAGUCCAAAUGUAGUGUUGCAAGAGCAAGAAUUACCACCUUCCCUACGCGGACCGGCAAUUUCAGGUGGGCGCAUGUUGGGGUCUCUGUUUGUAGAGUUGCAUAUUGAAGAUUUAAUUGUCUUGGAUUGGUCUGACGCGGUGCCACCUCCAAUGAUUCAUAUUCCCCCAUCAGUGAAACGGCUACUUAUAGGAGACUGUGAAAAUCUCAAGGCUUGUUUGGGCUUCAACACCACCUCUCUUCAACAACUAGAGCUUCGAUAUUCUGACAAGCUUGAGAAAAUAGAAGGAGGAAUGAUGCCUCCUUCCCUACUAAUGCUCCACAUUAGGGAUUGCUCGCUUCUCGAAGAGCGAUGCGUCGCCAAGGAUAAGGAAAUUUGGCCCAAAAUCUCUCACGUUUCAUACAUCAGUUUAAAUGGCUGGCGUUUCUGGGACUGGUUUGAGUAUAUUUUUGGAGACCAAGACAUGAAUGAUGCAACAAUCCUUGAAGACCACCAAGACAAUGAUGCAACAAUCCUUGAAGACCAAACAAUCCUUGAAGACCACCAAGACAAUGAUGCAACAAUUCAGUCUAGUGCAUCUUAA